UCCAAGUUCGGUGACCGGUAGUAUUUGUUUCAUAUCAAAAGAUAAGACCGAGCAUUCUCAUUUUAAUCGAUAACCGCAAUCUAUCCACUGUUUAUUUUCUAAACAACGCGAGAACUGCCCACAGGCUGUGUCUACUCGGUCCUUUAUAAGUUAUGGAAGGAAGUUGCUGUUGGUCCAAAGGACACUAGUCGACGUCAACUCCUUUAACCACGGUUACAACUAAACUAAACGUGCAACUGCGUGGUUUUAUCCAACCACAUGUUUACUUGUCUACAUUGUUCAACAAAUACCUGAGGCCACGAAAGCACAACAUGCCAACGUAUCCGACUUUCGAGUAUGGCAAGCCUCGUUUUGACCAGAACACCUUUUUUGGCAGGUUUAGACACUUCCUUGAUGUGAUCGAUCCCAGAACACUCUUUGUGACGGAGGAGCGCCUUCGGGAGAGUGUGGACCUCCUAGAGAGCUUCAAACACGGAAGACUCCCGCCAGGGGUGACGUCUGCCCAGCUAUGGCAAGCUCACAAAAUCAAACAGGCCAUCAUCCACCCCGACACCGGAGACAAGAUACCCAUGCCCUUCCGCAUGUCAGGCUUCAUCCCGUUUGGAACGCCAGUGGUGGUGGGUCUUCUGCUCCCCAACCAGACCCUGUUCUCUACGGUCUUCUGGCAGUGGUUAAACCAGAGCCACAACGCCUGUGUCAACUACAGCAACCGCAACGCCUCCAAGCCAACGGACAUGUCCAAAUUCUUCCAAGGCUACAUGGGCGCGGUGACCAGUGCGGUGUCCAUCGCGGUGGCGUUGAGGGUGGCGAUCCAGAAGGCGGACCGGUUCAGCCCCACCACCCGACGGAUGGUCCAGAGGUUCAUCCCCUUCCCGGCCGUGGCCAGUGCAAACGUGUGCAACGUGGUGCUCAUGCGUCACUCUGAGCUGUCGGAGGGCAUCAACGUCCUGGACGACAAGGGCAACGUCGUAGGGACCUCCAAGAUGGCAGCCAAACGCGCGCUCUUCGAGACAGCCCUGACCAGAGUGGUCCUACCCAUGCCCAUUCUGCUUCUCCCUCCCAUCGUCAUGGCGAUGUUGGAAAGGCUCCCAGUGCUGCGGAGUCGCCCCGGUCUGCUGCUGCCCGUCCACAGCCUGGUGUGUCUGGCCGCCUUCAGCCUGGCCCUGCCCCUCGCCAUCAGCCUCUUCCCCCAGAUGUCCCAGAUCCACGCCAGUCGGCUGGAGCCGGAGAUCGCCAUGGCAACUCGCUGCGAGAUCCUAACGUACAAUAAAGGCCUCUGAGGGGGAAGGGCCCGCCGACGACCACGUGACCGGCCAAGGUGGCCAAUCACGUCGUUGGAAGCCGGGGAGGUUUUCUACUCAAAAGAAAAAUGGUAAAAUGGACUGCAUUUAUAAAGCGUUUCUCUAACCAGCGGUCACUCAAAGCUCUUCACAAUAUUGCCCAACAUUCACCCGUUCAUGCACGUAUUCACACAUUUACUGUCUGCCAUGCGAGGCGACAGCCAGCUCAUAAAGAUCAGUCAGUUGAGCCGGGGAUUGAACCAGCAACCCUCCGGUUACCAGCCCACCCGCUCUACCCCCUGAGCCACAUGCCGCCCCGAGCUGUUCUCAUUGGACGAUGAGAGCCCUGUGUUUAAGCGAGUCUAUGGUCGUUGGUUCAAGUCCCUAGGAUCCAACUUUUCUAGUGGGGUAUGGAUGAUCCGGUAUAUUGGGUCUGUUGGGGCUUAUGAUUGGUCAGUUAUAGUAAUUAUAGUGUAAUUCAUGAGGUUGUGAUUUAAGAUCAUGUUUACAUGUCCUCCUGAUUCUGUGAGGAACUGAGAGAAUGUUUUGCAUAGUAGAUAGAUGAUUUACACGGCAGCGAAAUAACAAAUCCUAGUUACAAUUUAGGACGAAGUAUGACUAUUAAAUUUGUUUCCUAUCUUAAA